AUGGCGGAAAAUCAUGAUUUACGAAAUUAUACCUGCGAAUGGAUAGGAGAACGAUGUGGUUGGCAUGGAGUUUAUUCAUUUUAUCGAUCGUUACGAACAGCAAGUUCUGGUAUCAGCUCCGUAUAUCGUUUAGGAGAAUUUUUCGUUCUUCAAUUCUCUGACUUACCAAUUUGCAUAGCUGAAAUACAAUUGGCAUGGGAAGAUACGGUAAAACAUGAUAAAUUACUCAGUCUGCGCCUCUAUUUUCGACCGGAAGACACACCGGAUGGUAAUCGUCCACUUUAUCAGUAUGGAGAGGAUGAAUUACUAGCUUCUGAUGAAAACAUUAUUAUUAGAUGUCAUGAGCUCAUAUCAGCUGAACGAAAUAUCUACGAUUGGCCUUCCAAUCGAAGUUACCAAAUGCACAAUGGACCGAACAUUGUGAAUGACUAUGAUAAGAAUUUAGUUUGUAUAAAUCCAUCUGCCCUUCAGACUUUAAUUAAUUACGACUUGGGAUCUAUAGUACCUGUCUUAAAAGGACGCCCUAGGAAAAAGAAAAGAUCAGAUAACAGUUCCUUUACCGAUACUGUCUCGUUUAGAGAAACUAGGCAAAUGGUUGCAAAAAGACAUAGUGACCGCAAGAGUUUAAAGCCUUUAAAUGAAGAAACAGCUUUCAUCACCAGCCUAUUCAAAUUUAUGAGAGACAGAAAUACACCAAUCAAACACAUUCCAGCUCUAGGAUUCAAAAAAAGUGAUGGGGAUAAGAGAUUCAAUUAUCAGAUGCUGCGAAGUAGUUUUUAG